AUGCCUAGUAUCUAUCUAUCUAUCUAUCUAUCUAUCUAUCUAUCUAUCUAUCUAUCUAUCUAUCUAUCUCUCGCAGUAUCGAUGCUAAUACUACAAAUGCUUUAUAUUCAAUACUGCGAUUUCUACACCCAUAAUUGUUGCCAAAUUUACAUCUAUCUAUCUAUCUAUCUAUCUAUCUAUCUAUCUAUCUAUCUAUCUAUCUAUCUAUCUAUAAUAAUCGAUCAUUAUUUUCCGAACAAUAUAACAUCUAUCUAUCUAUCUAUCUAUCUAUCUAUCUAUCUAUCUAUCUAUCUAUCUAUGUUCAUAUUUAUUAUGCAUAAUGACACAGAAAAGAAUAAUCGAUCAUUAUUUUCCGAACAACAUAACAUCUAUCUAUCUAUCUAUCUAUCUAUCUAUCUAUCUAUCUAUCUAUCUAUCUAUCUAUCUAUCUAUGUUCAUAUCUAUUAUGCUUAA